AUUCAAUUCAAUUUUGAAGCAACCAAGAUCCUCCAAGCAAGCAAAACAAUGGCUUCAGUAGCUUCAAUUUCCAUUUUGCCAAUGAAAUCAAUGAAAUUCUCUCUCUCAUCUCCCUCUCCUUCAUCUCUUUUAUCAACCACUAGGUCCACUACUACUAGAUCUUUCAAUCUCCUAAGAUCAUCGUCAAGAUCAUUCACGGUGCUCUGUCAAGCAGAGUCAGAUAUGGAAAGAAAAGAAGAGAGAAUUCAGAGUAGCAAAUUUCAGGAAGCUGGAGAGGACUUGUAUCAACCGCAUUGGCAGCAGCUGUGGUAACAUUUGGAGCUGAUAUGUCCGCCAUCGCUGAUCUGAACAAGUUCGAGGCCGAUACAAGAGGAGAAUUCGGUAUAGGAUCUGCCGCUCAAUACGGUUCUGCAGAUCUCAGAAAAGCAGUUCAUGUAAAUGAAAAUUUCAGAAGAGCUAAUUUCACAUCUGCGGACAUGAGAGAAUCUGAUUUCAGUGGAUCUACGUUUACUGGUGCAUACCUAGAGAAAGCAGUUGCAUACAAGGCCAAUUUCACAGGUGCAGAUUUCAGCGAUACACUGAUGGAUCGCAUGGUUCUAAAUGAAACGAAUCUUACAAAUGCAAUCCUAGUGAGAACAGUUCUUACUCGCAGCGAUCUUGGAGGCGCCAUUAUUGAAGGAGCUGAUUUCAGUGAUGCAGUUCUUGACCUUCAACAGAAACAGGCGCUUUGUAAAUAUGCUAGUGGAACAAAUCCAGUGACCGGAGUGAGCACGAGAAAGAGUUUGGGAUGUGGAAACAGUCGCCGGAAUGCGUACGGAUCUCCUUCUUCUCCGCUUCUUAGUGCUCCUCCUCAGAAACUUCUUGACAGGGAUGGCUUUUGCGACGAAGGAUCUGGCCUUUGUGAAGGAAGCUUCUAGAAUAUAUUGGUAUGUUAUAUUAUUUAUGCUUCAAAAUGUCAUUAACCUAAAAUAUUUUACCUGUAAAUGCUAAUUACCUACUAAUUACUAUCACACUUAUCUUAUUGAAAAAUCAUCAAAUUAAUUGUUAUAUUUUUAGAUAAAUUAUAUUGA